AAAACUCAGAAACUCCUCCAAGCAACCUAACUCUCAACCCAACUCCCAACGCCAUGACCUGCUGCCAGACCAGCUUCUGUGGAUAUCCCAGCUUCUCCACCAGUGGGACCUGCGGCUCCAGCUGCUGCCAGCCAAGCUGCUGUGAGACCAGCUGCUGCCAGCCACGCAGCUGCCAGACCAGCUUCUGCGGAUUUCCCAGCUUCUCAACCAGUGAGACCUGCAGCUCCAGCUGCUGUCAGCCAAGCUGCUGUGAGACCAGCUGCUGCCAGCCAAGCUGUUGCCAGACCAGCUCCUGCGGAACUGGCUGUGGCAUUGGUGGUGGCAUCAGCUAUGGCCAGGAGGGCAGCAGUGGAGCUGUGAGCACCCGUAUCAGGUGGUGCCGCCCAGACAGUCGUGUGGAGGGCACCUACCUGCCCCCCUGCUGUGUGGUGAGCUGCACGCCCCCAUCCUGCUGCCAACUGCACCAUGCCCAAGCCUCCUGCUGCCGCCCGUCCUACUGUGGACAGUCCUGCUGCCGCCCAGUCUGCUGCUGUGAGCCCACUUGCUGAAAGCCAGUUUGCUUAUUUUCAGUUGCCUAGGUCACAGUGUCUCUGAACUGUUCAUCCUUUGACCACCCCUGGACCACUAACAAGCUCUCAGACUUUGCAUUACCUGUGAUGGAGACUACUAAGUAUAUGAGCUCACAAUUCUAUCUGAUUCCAUUCUACAGUGGAUACCUUGACGCUUCACUGGGGACACAGAAAUGCUACAAAGCCACCUGCUGAUCAUCAAUUUGCUUGGGAUAUACUAUUUCUGAUAUUUCUGCAGGAUUAAAAAUUAAUGACAUGUUGUGGAAUUUAUCCAUGAGAACUGUCCACAAGUCUAAUGUUUCCAUGCUUUAUAAUCUAUUUUAUCUUGUUUACCUAAAAUUUUUUGCAACAUCAAAGACACCAAAUUACAGCCAAGUGACAUUCCUCAAGUGUCACCAGAGAGAAUGGAAGCUCAUCACCCAACAUUCAGCUUCUAAGAAGUAGGCUGGACUUUCCACGUUUUAACAUCUGAUCCAUCCCUUGGUUUUUGGAUCAUAAUGAUCUUGCCUGCUGGAUAUUUCAGUUAUAUCUGUGAUACAAUGUCUUCUGUCAUUUCUUCAUAAAUAUUAUAUACUAGGCAAAGAAACCAUUGUCUUUGUUUUCACUUGUACAUAACCUGGUUUAACUGCUUAUAAUUCAAGAAUGUCUACUUGAGGCCAGGAGCAGUGUUUCACACUUGUAAUCCUAGCAAUUUGGGAGGCUGAAGUGGGCGGAUUACCUGAGCUCACGAGUUUGAGACCAGCCUGGGCAACAUGGUGAAACCCUGUCUCUACUAAAAAUACAAAAAAAAAAAAAAAAAUUAGCUGGGCGUGGUGGUGCAUGCCUGUAGUCCCAGCUACUUGGGAGGCUGAGGCAGGAGAAUUGCUUGAACCCGGGAGGUGGAGGUUUCAGUGAGCUGAGAUCAUGCUACUGCACUCCAUUACACUAUGCAAUAAACUGCAGUAAGCUCUCAAAAUGGCAAUUUCCUAUGUAUGACACCAAAGAAGACAUAAGGUGCACUAAACAGUUAAGUAAUGGUAAAAAGACACAUAUUUCCAAGUCCAAAGCAAACGUGAGAGCCUUUCUUUUAUUGAGGAUCAUUGGCCAUGUAAGGGUAGGUGGACAAUGAAAAGGAUGAAGCAAGAUGAAUUAAGGUACUAAAGGAUGGAGACAAGAAUGAAAAGGGGGAGAAGAGAACAAAAUAUAGGAGAAAAGACAGAAAGAAGACACAGUGAAAAAGGCUAGGUACAAGAGGCUGAAAGAAAAGGAGGAAGAGUGAUGGAGAAGACACACCUGAAGGGAAAGGAGGUGAACCAGCGUGGCCUUAUUAGUACCAUAUGCUGUGCAUGUGCCAAGUACACAUCAUGCGAACUUUGCUUCACAUAACAUCUAUAUCGAUCCUGUGAAAUAGAUAUUGUGAUCCUGGCUUGUAAAUAAGUAAGUCUAAAAGAAGUUAAAUAGCUUGUUUACAGUCACAUAGCUCAUAAGUUUAGAAACAAAACUGAAAUCUGAAUGCAACUCUGACUCCAAAAUUUAUGGAGAGAAUGAAAUUAAGAAAAUAGAUAUAAAGGAGCGUGUGGGAAAGUUUAUAAGAUUUAAGGACGGCUAUUUGAGAGACUGUGGGCUUCAGAAUAAGUUACUCUGUGCUGCUGGUUAAGUUGUGGUCUCAGAACUCCCUAUUAUACUCAGCUUUAUGAUGUUAGCAAUGAAAUCUGCAAGCCACAUUGUUGCUUUUCCAGCUUUCCAUAUUAGGCCUUGCUCCAGCCAGCCAGCACCCCAUCCUCAGAGUUCCGAGUCAGGUCCACUGGGACUAUCCUCCAAGUUCAGAGACAUCAGAACAUGUCAAGAAAAAAUAUGACUGUCAGUUCUGCAGGACCCAGCCUCUAAACUUAUACAUUUUAAUAACUCCUAACUCUUCCUUGUUCCUUCAACCCUAGGGUCAGUAGCUGCUUCCUGUAGUUGCUACUUCCAUGUUCAAAUAAUUGGCAUGGAUUUUGUCUCCUCGCUAGAUGCUGACUGAUAGAAAAGUUGUUACCAGGAGUGGUCCUGGAAAGUAGACCUUCAUAGAUGGGACUUGGGGAUUGCUUUGGUAAAGUCCCUGAGCUUGAACCCAGUGUUAAACUCCUUGCCAAUAAAAAAUGAAAUGCAUUGCAUGCAAUAACAUCACCAUUAUUACUUUGGUUGUUUAAAUAAAGCACCUAUUAAAAUAAGUGGCUUGGGGGCUCAAGUUGCUGCUGCUCUUGACUAUUAAGACAGUCGUGAUGAUUAUAAGCAUUGUGGUGAAGGAUGUCUUCUGAGUGAACUGCGUGCUUUCAGAAAGAAAAAUGGCAAAUUCAAGACCUUAAUAUCUCAGGUCAGGUCAUAAUCAGAGAUCCAGAAAAGAUUCAGCAGCAGCCCUAAAAUAAUCACUUGUUUGUUAUAGCCACAGGACUGAUACUGCCCUAUAUUAAACACUAACUAAAUUUAAUUGUGUGAGUUGCAUAAUUGAAAGGUAAGUUGAAUUCACAGCUUCAACAAGACUGUCAUGUGAAAGUUAGGGAACUGACAAGGAAGAAGUUUUAGAAUUGAAACCUGGCAUAAGGAUUUCUGUCUGAACUCAAAGGGGGCUGAGGAUCUUGAAUCUCCAAGUCAUUCUGAGCCUCCUUUACCAGUAAAAAUAGAUUUCCCUCCUGAUGAGUCUGAUGAGAACAGCUGUCCACUGCUGGAAAAUCCUCUAAUAAACUCAAUUAGGAAAUGUACUUAUAUGGAAUGCCUAUUGUGCUGA